AGGCAAUGGAUCCCAAAUUUCAGCGUGUGGCGUUAAGUGACGGUCACUUCAUUCCUGUACUGGGAUUUGGCACCUAUGCACCUGAAGAGGUCCCUAAGAGCAAAGCUAUGGAAGCCACCAAAAUAGCUAUUGAUGCUGGGUUCCGCCACAUUGAUUCCGCUUAUUUUUACAAAAAUGAAAAAGAAGUAGGUCUGGCCAUCCGAAGCAAGAUUGCAGAUGGCACUGUGAAGAGAGAAGAUAUAUUCUACACUUCAAAGCUUUGGUGCACUUUUCAUAGACCAGAGCUGGUCAGACCAAGCUUGGAAGACUCACUGAAAAAUCUUCAAUUGGACUAUGUUGAUCUCUACAUUAUUCAUUUUCCAACAGCUCUGAAGCCUGGGGUGGAGAUUAUUCCAACAGAUGAACAUGGAAAGGCAAUAUUUGACACAGUGGAUAUCUGUGCCACCUGGGAGGCCAUGGAGAAAUGCAAAGAUGCAGGAUUGGCCAAGUCCAUCGGGGUAUCCAACUUCAACCGCAGGCAGCUAGAGAUGAUUCUGAACAAGCCAGGGCUCAAGUACAAGCCUGUCUGCAACCAGGUGGAAUGUCAUCCCUAUCUCAACCAGGGCAAACUGCUGGAAUUCUGCAAGUCAAAAGGCAUUGUUCUGGUUGCCUACAGUGCUCUGGGAUCACACAGAGAACCAGAAUGGGUGGACCAGAGUGCCCCAGUUCUCCUGGAAGAUCCACUCAUUGGUGCCUUGGCAAAAAAGCACCAGCAAACUCCAGCCCUGAUUGCCCUUCGCUACCAGCUGCAGCGUGGGAUUGUGGUCCUGGCCAAGAGUUUCACUGAGAAGCGAAUCAAAGAGAACAUUCAGGUAUUUGAAUUCCAGUUGCCUUCAGAGGACAUGAAAGUCAUAGAUAGUCUGAACAGAAAUUUUCGAUACGUUACUGCUGAUUUUGCUAUUGGACAUCCAAAUUACCCAUUUUCUGAUGAAUAUUAAUAUCGAAGCCUUUGUCAGACUUCUACCAGAAGACCCUUUCUUGUGAAUCAUGAUGCAGGAGACACCUCAGAUGCUGGUGAAUGGGCACCUCUCUUCUGAUUAAUCCAUGCUGAUUAGCAACUCACACUCAGCUAGAGCUAAAUCCACAAAGUGGGAAGCCUUGGCACUACAUUUUGUCACUUCCUGAAAAAUAAAAUAAUGUUUAUUAAAAAUGCUUAACUACC